UGUCAGUUGGCGGGCGGGCGGGCUCCGGCUGCCUUUCCACUCCCUGCUCGGGGCGAUUGCCACAACCACAGCCGCAGCCCCAGCCCCAGCCCCAGCUGACCGGAGGUGGGGAGGGGGCGGGGUGGCCCUCCCAGAGGCACUGAAGGCCGAGCCCAGCGGCAGAGGCUUCGGCGGCUAUCUCACCUCCCCAGACAGGGGAGGGACAAGGAGAGGCGGAGCCGAAACGGGCAGGGAAGGCGGGGCUGGACUGCCGAAGCAGCCCAGGCCGCUGCCCCAAAGUUGAGCCGAGCCGAGCCGAGUCGAGCGGAGCCGAGCCGAGCAAAGGGACCUGGCUGGCUUAACUGCAGCCGGUACGCUUGGGUCCCCGGCAAUCUUUGUGCCCCCGGUCCAGUCUGCGCCCUGUGCCCAGACUGCCUCCCCUCGGCCUGCCCCGCUCUGCUCCAUGCGGGGUGGCAGCGCGGGCCUGGCCUCCUAGCGAGACGCGUCGAAUUGGGCCCGGGGGCCCGGGGGCUGGGCCGCUGCCUGCCUGUCUGCGUGCCAGUGGAGCCCGAGCAACACGCGGAAGUGAUCAGCUUUUGAAGUGAUUCAGAGAAGGAGGAGAUACCCCAUUCAGCUGUGUGAGGAGGAGGGCAGCAGACAGCCGAAUAAAUGCAGUAUCUAAAUCUCAAAGAGGACUGCAGUGCCAUGGCAUUCUGUGCAAAAAUGAGGAGCUACAAGAAGAAUGAGGUGAAUCUAGACGCGCUGGAGCCCGGGGUGGAGGUGGUGUUCUACCUGCCUGACAGGAAGCCCCUCCACUUGCUCACUGGCGAGUACACCGUGGAAGACCUGUGCAUCAAAGCCGCGCAGGAGUGCUGCAUCUCUCCACUGUGCCACAACCUCUUUGCCCUGUAUGAUGAGAAGACCAAGCUGUGGUACGCCCCAAAUCACUGCAUCAAGAUUGAAGAUAAAACAUCACUGCGGCUGCAUUAUCGAAUGAGAUUCUAUUUCACCAACUGGCAUGGUACCAACGAGAAUGAGCAGUCAGUGUGGAGACACUCCCCGAAGAAGCAGAAAAAUGGCUAUGAAAGGAGACGGGUUCUGGAUGCCACGCCCCUCCUUGAUGCCAAUUCACUGGAGUACCUGUUUGCUCAGGGACAAUAUGAUUUGGUGAAGUGCUUGGCUCCUGUCCGAGACCCAAAGACCGAUCAGGAAGUGCACGAGAUUGAAAACGAGUGCCUGGGGAUGGCAGUGCUGGCUAUUUCCCAUUAUGCCAUGAUGAAUAAAAUACAACUUCCAGACCUGCCGAAGGAUGUCAGUUACAAACGAUAUAUCCCAGAAACACUGAAUAGGACCAUCAGACAAAGGAAUCUCUUAACCAGAAUGCGAAUAAAUAAUGUUUUCAAGGAUUUCCUUAAGGAAUUUAACAACAAGACCAUUUGCGACAGUAGCGUGACUCCCCAUGACCUGAAGGUGAAAUACUUGUCAACCUUGGAGACUCUAACCAAACAUUAUGGAGCUGAAAUUUUUGAGACUUCACUCUUGUUGAUUUCAUCUGAAAAUGAAAUGAAUAAAUUAAACUCAAAAGACUGCGGCAACGUCAUACGUUAUGAAGUGAUGGUGACUGGAAAUCUUGGGAUACUGUGGAGACAAAAACCAAAUGUGGUUCCUGUGGAGAAGGAGAAAAACAAGCUGAAGAGGAAGAAACAGGAGAGCAAACACAGGAAAGAUGAUGAGAAAAACAAAGCCCGGGAGGAAUGGAACAACUUCUCUUACUUCCCUGAAAUCACCCACAUUGUCAUCAAGGAAUCCAUGGUCAGCAUUAACAAGCAGGACAACAAGAAGAUGGAGUUAAGCCUGUCUUCUCACGAGGAAGCCUUGUCUUUUGUGUCUCUGGUGGAUGGGUAUUUCCGGCUCACGGCGGAUGCCCAUCAUUAUCUCUGCACAGAUGUCGCGCCUCCACUGAUUGUACACAACAUAGAAAAUGGCUGCCAUGGCCCGAUCUGUACUGAGUAUGCGAUCAAUAAGCUGAGACAAGAAGGCGGCGAGGAGGGCAUGUACGUUCUGAGGUGGAGCUGCACAGACUUUGACAACAUCCUCAUGACCGUGACCUGCUUUGAAAAAUCAGAGCAGAUGCUAACGAGCCAGAAGCAGUACAAGAAUUUCCAGAUCGAAGUGAAGAAGGGGAAAUACUCCCUGCAUGGCUCCGAUCGCGUGUUCCCCUCCCUCAGAGGCCUGAUGGACCAUCUCAAAAAGCAGAUCCUGAAAACGGACAACAUCAGCUUUGUCCUGAAGAAAUGCUGCCAGCCCAAACCCAGAGAAAUUUCUAAUCUACUCGUGGCCACCAAGAAGGCACAGGAAUGCCUGCCAGUCUAUACAAUGAGCCAGCUGAGUUUCCAUCGAAUUCUCAAGGAAGACAUCAUUCAGGGAGAGCACAUGGGACGAGGCACCCGGACACAGAUCUACUCAGGGACCCUGGACUACAAGGAUGAUGAGGGCAGCUCUGAUGAGAAGAAGAUGAAAGUGAUUCUUAAGGUCUUGGACCCCAGUCACAGGGACAUCUCUCUGGCUUUCUUCGAGGCUGCCAGCAUGAUGAGACAAGUGUCCCACAAACACAUCGUGUAUCUCUACGGCGUCUGUGUCCGGGAUGUGGAGAACAUCAUGGUGGAGGAGUAUAUGGAGUUUGGGCCCCUGGAUCUCUUCAUGCAUCGGAAGAGUGAACUCCUUACCACGCCGUGGAAAUUCAAGGUUGCCAAACAGCUGGCCAGCGCCCUAAGUUACUUGGAGGACAAAGAUUUAGUCCAUGGGAAUGUGUGUGCCAAAAACGUUCUCUUGGCCAGGGAGGGCCUGGAUGGUGAGUGCAGCCCCUUCAUCAAGCUCAGCGACCCUGGCAUCCCCAUCACCGUGCUCUCUCGACAGGAGUGCGUAGAACGGAUCCCAUGGAUUGCACCAGAGUGUGUGGACGACUCCAAGAACCUGAGCGUGGCUGCUGAUAAGUGGAGCUUUGGUACAACCCUCUGGGAGAUCUGCUACAAUGGAGAGAUCCCCCUGAAAGAUAAGACACUGGCAGAGAAAGAACGAUUUUAUGAGGGUCGAGUUAUGCCUGUCACGCCCUCGUGCAAGGAGCUGGCUGACCUCAUGACUCAAUGCAUGAACUACGACCCCAGUCAGAGACCCUUCUUCCGAGCCAUCAUGAGAGACAUCAACAAGCUAGAAGAACAGAAUCCAGAUAUUGUUUCAGACAAACAACCAACAACUGAGGUAGAUCCUACCCAUUUUGAAAAACGGUUCUUGAAGAGGAUCCGUGACUUGGGAGAGGGCCACUUUGGGAAAGUCGAACUCUGCAGGUACGACCCUGAAGGGGACAACACUGGUGAGCAGGUUGCAGUCAAGUCUCUGAAGCCAGAGAGUGGGGGCAACCAAAUAGCCGACCUGAAGAAGGAAAUUGAAAUCCUGAAGAACCUUUACCAUGAAAACAUUGUGAAAUACAAAGGGAUUUGUACAGAGGACGGAGGAAAUGGGAUUAAACUCAUAAUGGAGUUCCUGCCUUCUGGGAGCCUUAAGGAAUAUCUUCCUAGGAAUAAGAACAAAAUCAACCUCAAACAGCAGCUGAAGUAUGCGGUUCAGAUUUGUAAGGGGAUGGACUACCUGGGGUCCUGUCAGUAUGUCCACCGAGAUCUGGCAGCAAGAAAUGUCCUCGUGGAGAAUGAGCACCGAGUGAAGAUUGGAGAUUUUGGCCUGACAAAAGCCAUCGAAACAGACAAGGAAUACUACACGGUGAAAGAUGACCGAGACAGUCCCGUCUUCUGGUAUGCCCCGGAGUGUUUAGUUCAGUGCAAAUUUUAUAUCGCCUCUGACGUCUGGUCAUUCGGGGUCACGUUACAUGAACUGCUCACCUACUGCGAUUCCGAAUCCAGCCCCAUGGCGAUGUUCUUGAAGAUGAUUGGCCCCACUCAAGGCCAGAUGACUGUCACACGACUUGUGCGUGCAUUAAAAGAAGGGAAACGUUUGCAGUGCCCACCUGACUGCCCAGAAGAGGUUUACCAACUAAUGAGGAAAUGCUGGGAAUACCAACCAAGCAAUCGAACUUCCUUUCAGAACCUUAUCCGUGGAUUUGAAGCACUUAUAAAAUAAGACCCUAUUCAUCAAGCAUUGACUUAAGUGCCUACUGUGUGCAAGGCACUCUUCCAAGUGUUGGAGCAUGAGCAUCACCCAGAAAACAUCCUUUUGUUUCUAUUGCCCAACAGUUGGUGGUCUGCCCUCUCUAGAAGUCAAGUACCUGAGCUCCCUUGGGGGUGGGGGGUAGGGAAGGCUCUUUUUCAAAAGAAAAAUUUAAAACAUUUAUAUUCUCCCCCAAUUUGGUCAUUCCUUCCUAAAACAUUGAGUGCCUCCUGUGUAUAGAGGUGCUUAAUAUCUUAGGGUGGUUCUUUAUAGGCGAUGAUCAUAGAACGGUGAUAGAUAGAAAAACCCCCAUUUUAAGCACUCCUCUUAUUGGAAGAUGCCUACCAGCAGCCACCUCAGUCGGCGGCUCCCAUUUCACUGGGCUGCUGGGAGCAGAUGAUUUUAGUCACACUCAUGUGAUGGAUCACCUGAACAGUAUUUCAGGCAACAAGAAACAUGGCCCAAAUAUUCUCUCAGAUCGCUUGCUUUCACUGGCAGUUAGGAGUUGGGAUGAAACUGAGUCCAUUUUCCUGACUUGUCAAGUCGAGGCAAGGGCUCUAGGUUCUCAAAUUACUUUUCAUUGUACAUACAAACCUUCAGUAUCUACAUAAAUGGACCAAACCUGGCAUAAAAUGCCCUUUGACAAUGAAGGGGAUUCUACUGACGUGACUGAACUCUUUCUCCCACAAGUCAUCUUCUUGGAUCGCUGGUAAUUGGUAGUGACCAUCUGUAAAAAAGAUUGUCUUGGCAAAGGGAUGCAGCCUGUACCCAUUGGCCAGAGCCUCUUUGUGCCUGAAUCUGACUGACCUGGGGUUUGAAUGGUUGGUAUCGACUUUGUUAUCAAUGCAUCCUAACCAGCUGAGCAGCUAGAAGAGUCCCAAUACCACUCAGCAGGCUUUCUUUGUUUUCUCCCCAUUCUUUUUAAAAAGUAAAGUGCAAAAAUACCUUUUUAAUUUUCAAACUUUGCUACAGAAAGAAAUGAUUCCUGAGGAUUUUGAGACUUCAGAGGUCAAACUGGUUUUAUAUGUUGAAUGGAUACCUUAAGACACCAUAUAAAUUGUAUUAUACUUUAGGGUGUUUCUGAACUUGACAAGAAAAGGCAAAAUACCAUUAUGUAAUGGAUAUAGGCACUGAGCCAAUUAUCUAAGGGGAGUCGCUGGAUAUUGACCACAUCAUACACAUGGAACAGAGAUGACAAAACAAGAUAGCAGAUCGCCACCUAGAGGAAUUUCAUUGCUUGGAAUCUAGCGCCGGCUGAAAGGUGCCAACUUUGGGGAUCGUUUGGGGAUAGCUAGCUAGCCAGUUACAUUGAUGUGGUUGCCAAUCCAAUGUGAACAUAAAUGGUUUGGAGGAAUGUCUGUCUGAAGAAUCAUUCAAAGAUCCAUAGUACUAGUGUGCCAUUACUUUUCGCCUUCUUGUCUUGAAAAUGCUUUUUGGGAAGAUUCAGGGCUCGCUUUGAUGACAGACAGAAGGACUGUUCAAAGUUGUGUAGUGAGCUAAGCACUUCAUUUUAUACCCUAGUCCAUAUCCAUGUUUGUCUUAUACAGGUAGUGGAAUGUUCCAGCAUUACCCACACUUGUACCUGUUUGUGAACCUGUGUACAACCUAUAUGCACUUUGUUACUCUUUAUACAAAUAAAUCAAAUAAAGAAAUGA